AAAAAUUGAGUUGUUUCCGCUAGCCGUCGCGUCGUGUGCGGAUUGCGGAUUGCGAAAAGCGUUGCUGUGGAUUACUCAUUAGAUCUUCAUGGCUUAAUACUUUAGGAAAUAAAGAAAAGGCGAUUGUUUUAAUGGAAAUCUGUAAUUGUGUGUUGUGCUAUAAUUGUGUUUGAUUGAUGUGAACGAUGAUAACCAAAAUGCAAUCACAAGCGAACGUUGCCGUGCCACAAUCUGUCACGACGCAACCACAGUCUCAGCAAAUUGUUGGUGUUGGAGUUCCAGCAAAUGCGGUGAUAUUGAAAAUGUCAGAUAUUCAGCAGAUCUCCACAGUGGGACUGUUGGAGCUUGCCCACCGAGAGUAUCAAGCAGGCGACUAUGAAAGUGCCGAACUACACUGCAUGCAGCUAUGGAGACAAGAUGGCACAAACACUGGUGUCCUUCUACUCUUAUCUUCCAUUCACUUCCAAUGCAGAAGAUUAGAUAAAUCUGCUCACUUCUCCACCUUGGCUAUCAAACAGAAUCCCUUGUUAGCUGAAGCUUACAGCAACCUGGGCAACGUGUAUAAAGAAAGGGGUCAGCUUCAAGAGGCUUUGGAGAACUACAGGCAUGCCGUCAGAUUGAAGCCGGACUUCAUCGAUGGCUACAUUAACCUGGCGGCCGCUCUUGUGGCCGCUGGAGACAUGGAACAAGCUGUUCAGGCCUACGUCACGGCACUACAAUAUAACCCUGACCUUUACUGCGUCAGGAGUGACUUAGGCAAUUUGCUCAAAGCUCUAGGACGUUUGGACGAGGCAAAGGCUUGUUACUUGAAGGCAAUAGAAACGAGGCCAGACUUUGCAGUGGCUUGGAGUAACUUGGGAUGCGUGUUUAACGCACAAAGUGAAAUCUGGCUGGCCAUUCAUCACUUUGAGAAGGCCGUUGCACUAGAUCCAAAUUUCUUGGACGCUUACAUUAACUUGGGAAAUGUACUCAAGGAAGCCAGAAUUUUUGACAGGGCCGUGGCUGCAUAUCUUCGUGCGUUAAAUUUAUCGCCUAACAAUGCUGUGGUACACGGCAAUUUGGCGUGUGUUUACUAUGAACAAGGAUUGAUAGACUUGGCAGUUGACACCUAUAGACGAGCCAUUGAGUUACAACCGAACUUCCCUGACGCAUAUUGUAAUUUAGCAAACGCUCUUAAAGAGAAAGGACAAGUUGCUGACGCAGAAGAAUGCUACAACACAGCUUUGAGGCUAUGCCCCUCACAUGCGGACUCGCUGAACAACUUGGCCAACAUUAAACGCGAACAAGGAUACAUUGAGGAAGCGACGCGGUUGUACUUGAAGGCUUUGGAAGUUUUCCCCGAAUUUGCUGCCGCACACAGCAACUUGGCGUCAGUACUACAGCAACAGGGCAAGUUAACUGAAGCCCUCAUGCAUUACAAAGAGGCGAUACGAAUUCAGCCAACUUUCGCUGAUGCGUACAGUAACAUGGGCAAUACGCUCAAAGAGAUGCAAGAUGUAGCGGGCGCUUUGCAGUGCUACACCAGAGCUAUACAGAUAAAUCCUGCAUUUGCUGAUGCUCACAGCAAUCUUGCUAGCAUUCACAAAGAUUCCGGAAAUAUUCCUGAAGCGAUCCAGUCGUACAGAACAGCUUUGAAAUUGAAACCAGACUUCCCUGAUGCGUACUGCAAUUUGGCUCAUUGCUUGCAAAUUGUCUGCGAUUGGACUGACUACGAGUCACGCAUGAAGAAGCUCGUUAGCAUUGUGGCCGAGCAGCUCGAAAAGAACAGAUUGCCCUCAGUUCAUCCUCAUCAUUCCAUGUUAUACCCACUUACACAUGACUAUAGAAAAGCGAUUGCCGCACGUCAUGCUAACCUUUGCCUUGAGAAAGUACAAGUUCUACACAAGGCUCCGUUCAAGUUCCCGCGAGAAUUACAAGGACGUCUACGUAUCGGUUAUGUGAGCAGUGACUUUGGCAACCAUCCAACGUCACACUUGAUGCAGUCGGUGCCCGGUCUGCACGAUCGUACUAAAGUUGAGAUCUUCUGCUACGCUCUGAGUCCAGAUGAUGGAACUACAUUCCGGUCCAAGAUUGCUCGAGAGGCGGAACACUUCAUCGAUUUAUCUCAGAUUCAGUGUAACGGCAAAGCUGCCGAUAAAAUCUACGGCGACGGUAUACACAUUCUUGUUAAUAUGAAUGGUUACACAAAGGGAGCGCGUAACGAGAUAUUUGCGCUGCGCCCGGCCCCCGUGCAAGUUAUGUGGCUCGGAUAUCCGGGAACUAGUGGGGCUAGCUAUAUGGACUAUUUGGUGACGGAUGGAGUUACGUCGCCCUUGGAGCUGGCAAGCCAAUACAGUGAGAAGAUGGCUUACAUGCCACAUACGUACUUCGUGGGCGAUCACAAGCAAAUGUUCCCUCAUUUGCAAGAAAGACUCAUUCUCAGCGACAAAGUGAAAUCUCAUAACAAUUUAGGAAGUGUAGCAGACAACGUGGCUGUCAUUAAUGCUACAGAUCUGUCGCCGCUUGUCGAAACUACGGAUAUUAAAGAGAUUAAAGAAAUCGUAAGAGCCGCUCGUCCCGUGGAAAUUUCUCUGAAAGUAGCGGAGUUACCGACUACCACACCUAUCGAGACCAUGAUCGCUUCUGGACAAGUACAGACUUCAGUGAAUGGAGUAAUUCUACAAAACGGACUAGCGACGACACAGACGAACAAUAAGGCUGCGACGGGAGAGGAAGUGCCACAGUCGAUAGUAAUAACAACUCGUCAACAAUACGGUCUCCCUGAUGACGCAGUGGUGUACUGUAAUUUCAACCAGCUAUAUAAAAUUGACCCAUUGACCUUGCACAUGUGGGUGUACAUACUCAAGAAUGUACCAAACAGCGUUUUAUGGCUGCUAAGGUUCCCAGCUGUAGGAGAACCCAACCUCCAGAACACUGCUCAACAACUAGGGUUGCCCCCUGGUCGUAUUAUUUUCUCCAACGUGGCGGCUAAAGAGGAGCACGUACGCCGUGGACAACUGGCCGAUGUUUGCUUGGACACUCCCCUGUGUAAUGGACAUACCACCAGCAUGGACAUCUUGUGGACUGGCACGCCCGUCGUCACGCUGCCAGGAGAGACGCUAGCUUCCAGAGUGGCAGCGUCUCAGUUAAAUACGCUCGGCUGUCCGGAGCUGAUCGCUAGAACGAGGAUAGAAUAUCAGGAUAUAGCUGUAAGACUAGGAACCGAUAGGGAAUACUUAAAAGCCAUCCGAGCUAAGGUUUGGGCAGCGCGUACAGAGAGUCCGCUCUUCGAUUGCAAAGCGUACGCCACCGGGUUAGAAAUGUUAUACAAUAAGAUGUGGCAGAGGUACGCACGAGGCGACCGCCCAGACCACAUAAAGGCGGAUAAAUAGACUGGGGUUCGCACCGGCAAAAACGAUGAAGGGACAGCUAAGAAACGCCGAUGGUGCUAAGUGAUUGUGAACCAGUAAGUGGAAGUUUGUUGGACGUUCUUAUAGUGAUGGUGAUGUUAAAGCCGAGUGCGGACUGCGUGUGAUAUUAAUUGUACGGGCUGGAAGCUCUUGUUUAGUUCCGAUGGUCAGCCGGUGUCGAUCAACGUAACGUGAUCAAUGUAGUUGUACUUUAAUUAAAUCGUACUUUAUAGACAUUGAUCUGUAUAUCAUCGCUCUUUAGAUGACUGAUCAAAUUCUGUAUGUUGUAUAGUUUGAUUGGUUGAGAAUAAAGUCGGUAAUCAAAAGUAUCCUUUACGGAUCUGACACGACUUUUGGGGCGACUGAUAUAUUAAGAAUAUGAUGUUGAGUAUGACCUGGUAACGUCUAAUUUACGGUAAGUAACUAUACAAACAGGCUCUCGGGUAUUUGAACAUGCAAUUUAUUCUCGCUAGUUUUUUAUGUAUCUCGAUAUCUUCCUUAUCUGUAGUAGUGCGCUAAGAGGUUCCUAGCUGUAAUCUAACGAAUGCAAUACUGAUUUAGUCCAAGCUGAACUGUGUUAAGGUAGCACUAAAUGUAUGAGCAAUAAUAUUAUGUAACAUUAGUUAUAAAAGUGCCCUUUAUAUUCUGUAUAAUGUUACAGGCAAUGGGUUUAAGAUAUACAUAAAAAAUAUGUUGCUUAUUAUACUUUUUGCUGAAAUAGUUGCACAGCUUGUAUUAAAUAUCAAUGUAAAAAUAGUAGAUAUAAUUUUGAGGCCAGAAAUCUGUAGGAAAAAUACACCGUUUUAUUGUUUGUCAAAUAAAAUACAGUACUCAAAGUUAAUCAAUUCAUAUCAAUAACUAGUAUAUAAUAUACUACACUCUUACUAAAAUAGAUAGGGAAGUUUACGUAACAUAGAAUCGUUUUUUGAUGAGGCCUUAUUAUAAUGAAUUGUGUUUGUAUUCCAUUUGCCAAAGUUAUGAGUAAUUUAAUAUGUUAUUGAAACUGCGCUGUGAAGAAUGGAAGACGUCUCUGUGUAUACUAAACAUGUGUCAGUUUGUAUUGAGACCAGAGCCUACGUAAGACUGAAUUUCCGGAACACUAACAGUGCAGACAGUUAAUAAAUUAGUUCAAUUAUAGUUAUGGUUGCUGGCAGCCGUUGGCGACUCGUUUAUAGUGUUAAGAGACUCGUGUAAUUCUAAGUAAUCAUUUGUGAUACCAACGUACUGUUAUAAAAUGGCCAUGCUUGACGAAUAUAGUUUUAGACAUCUUUUACCCAGCGAUUGUAAUACUUUAAACACAGUUUGCAGUGAACGCACUUAAUUUAGUUUCAAUUAAAGUUAUUUUCUGUAUAUAAUUUUGCUUAUUUUGGAACGUUAAUAUUAUCGAAAUCAACUUAUCUUUGAUGAGUUUUGAAAUGUACUUUAUGUUGAAUGAUUAAUUUUUUAUAACAUUUAUUCGUGUUUUGAAGUCGUUAUAACUAUUCCAGUGUAGGUAUGUUAGUAGUUUCUGAUUCUACUUAAGGUGUUUUAGCCUUUUAAAUUGUACUACUUAAUCGUAAUACAAGUUUAGAGAGAUAACAUUAUAGUAAAGUUAGUAUUCACUCAGUAUACUGUAAUAGCUAUUUAUUUAUUUAUUGCUCAUGAAAUGUUUGUUGAAAUAACGUUCUAUAAUGUUGUCUUCUCAAAUAAACUACUGGUUGAAAGAAAGCAUACUGUAGAAUAAGAUGUUAUGGCUAUAAAUGUGACUUAUCAGUUAUUUUGUCAUUGUCUGCCGUUUUUGUUGUAAAUAAUAAUUAAGUCUAGAAUAUAAUAGAAUGAUAAUAAA